GGCUUUUCCCUUCCUGCUUUCCCGCGGUCUCUUCUUUUCGACCUGACCUGUCUCAUCCACGUUCCUCAUCGACAUGGACCCCGAGGCCCCAUCUCAGUCUCGCGACGAGAUGCUCAGUUUCAGUCUUCUGAAUCCCACCUCGGCCUCCACCUUAACCCCGCGGCUGGGCAAUCUGGCCAUCGCAGGCCGAAACCCCAUUUCCACGCCGCACUACAUUCCCCUGACAUCCCGAGGCGCGGUGCCACAUGUUGCGCAUGAUGUGAUGCUUAAACAGACUGCCAUCGGCAGUUUGUAUUUUGGACUGGAAGAUUUCAUAGAGAAGCAAAACCAAAAGAACAAAUCCCUUCCAAUUUACCAGGUUCCUACGGAAUCGCACGAGUCGGCUUUGCGCAAGUUCACUUGCUUUCCCGAAGACUUGCUAUUAGUCCUAGGACCACGUCGCGUGCCUCCGAUCCCGACCCCUCCGAUGAACACGGACAACUCGAUCGCCAUCAUGACGGCUUUUGGAUUCCGACAGCUAGACGCAAACCAAUAUGUUGAGGCCGUGCAGAAUUUGCGACCGGAUAUUGUGGUUGGGCUGGCGGAUUUGGUUGUAGGACAACGGCCUGGGUACAAAAGGCGGGGAAAGAUGGUCGAUCGGACCCAUGCCUUCGCGAUGCAUGCCACCGAAAAUUUAUACGGACAGGCGGUCUCAGAAGAGAACCGCUCCAAGACAGCCUAUUUCGCGCCGGUGCUGCCGCUGGACAAUGCCGAGCAGAUGAUAUAUCUGGAUGAGCUAGAAAGUGAUCUGCGACCACACAUCUCAGGCCUUGCCUUGUACGAGCCGGAGUCGCUGUCGGUCUUGCCUGAGACCCUAGGCAGCUUGCCUCGACUGCUAUUCGGCCAACCGGCUACACCACAGGAUGUUCUGCGCGAAGUAUCUCUCGGUGCGGACCUCCUUACGGUACCUUUUGUCGGUGUGACUUCAGAUGCCGGCGUGGCGCUGGAGUUUGCAUUCCCACCUCCAUGCCCGACCGAAGGAAGCGCUUCAGAGGCCCGACCACUCGGCUUUGACCUGUGGUCGUCUGUACACACCUUUGACACAUCACCUUUGGUCGAAGGAUGCCAGUGCUACACCUGCCGGAAUCACCAUCGCGCCUACAUCCACCAUCUCCUGACCGCCAAGGAAAUGCUGGCGUGGACUCUCCUUCAGAUCCAUAACCACCACACAAUGGAUGUAUUCUUCCAGCGGAUUAGAGAGAGCAUCCAGCGCGGAACCUUUGAAGCUGAGGUCCAGGCAUUCCAGCGAUUCUACGCCUCGGAGCUCCCCAAACAGACCGGUCAAGGUCCAAGACUUCGCGGUCACCAGAUCACCCCCUCUAAAGCGCAUCAACCACGUCGAAACCCUCGCGGGUUUGGCCGACUCGACGAUGCACUCGAGAAAUUCGCCGAGUCGCAGUCAUCGGUGGCCACACCAGAUACCGAUGCUGAGGGGCUUGAGGCUCACGGGUUCGCGAAGAAACAAGAUUCGUGAUUACUUUUUCUGCUUGUUCUCCCCUUUCUAUUUUUCCAUAGACAGACGCAUACAGCUAUCGCAUAUAUAUACAUAGCUAAGGUGUUGCGGAGUUGAAUUUUCUUAGGGCAUUCAGACCUCUAUCCUUUUCUCCCAUGCAAAAGACAUAUGACAUAC